GAAACUUUUAAAUCCCUAAAACUGGAAAAAUAUUGUAAAGCGACAGCUUAUAGGGUUAUUUUUGCCUCUUCACCAUGGACAAGGACGCUAGCGUGAGAUCAGUGUUCGAGAGUGAGGCUGCUGGAGAGGAAAUUGUCGAGAAUAACAGAUGCAAGCCCCAUACUGUGAUUUCUGUGGAGGGAUACGACACUAGUCUGCCUGAGGACGAUAUCAAGAGUGAAUUGAUUAAUCACUUCAAAUCAUGUGGCGAAGUCUUUAAUGUUAUUCUUCGCGAAGACCCAGAUAGCCCUAAUCUCGACACACGUGCUUUGGUUAUUCUUCUCGGAGAAGGCGCAGAAGAGAAGGCCUUGCAACUUAAUGGAACUGACAUUGGUGGAUGGAAGGCUCUUGUUAAAGUUGAACCAGAGGAGGAGGAAGAAGACGAGGAGACACAGCGUUAUGAAUCCUUUCUGAUUGACGAACUAACGAAUGACCGCAGAUUUUGGUAUGGCGUUACCGUUAGCGGAUAUAACACUUCCCUUCCUGCAGAUGAAGUAAAGACUUGUUUGAAACAACACUUCUCUUCUUGUGGAGAGAUCACCCAUGUUUUUGUCUCUACUCUCGAAAAGAUUACUAAUAUCUAUUUUCACCAAGAAGAAGGAGAAGCUAGGGCGCUGCAUCUUUCUGGAAGUGAAGUGGGAGGAUUCAAAAUAGAUGUUGAGCGCGUAGCUACAAUCUUUACUAACUGUCCCCCUCCCUUUCCCUCUCCCUCCGAUGAAAUUUAUUUCGGCUACUGUAUCCCAGCUCAUAUGAUUGAGUUUUCCGGCGUGAUCGAGGACAAGGUCGCUGCUUUUAAGAAGCAGAGGAGGUUGAUCUAGAAAUCUCUCUCCCUCUCUCUCUCAAGAAGCUCUAGCCCUUUUUCAGAAAAAAAAAGCUCUAUCUUUGGUGUUUCUUUUUUUUUUCUAUCUUUGGUGUUUGGUAAUAAAUAAAUCGUUUGAGACUAUACAAUGCAACCUUGGGGCUUUCUUCCUUAUGUUUAA